AUGAUUCCUAUUUUGGAAGAUUUCUUUCCCUCGACAACUGAGGCACAAGGAGAAGAUGAACAACCAACCACAAACCCACAAUUUGAUGACUUAUUUGAGGAAAUUGAAGCUGAAUUGUAUCCCGGUUGUGAUUGGAUUUCAUCUCUUAACUUUUUAGCAAAGCUAUUGCAUUUAAAAGUUAGGGGAAAAAUUCCUAAUAACAUCUUUGAAGAAUUAUUGAAGCUUUUAAAGUUUGCGUUUCCGAAGGAAAAUAAUAUUCCAUCAACUUACUACGAGGCAAAAAAGAGAUUGAAGAAAUUAGGCUUGGGUUAUGAUAAUAUCGAUGUCUGUUUGUAUAAUUGUUGCUUAUUUUAUAAGGAGAAUGCAUCCAAGGAGGCUUGUCCAGUUUGCGGAACUAGUCGUUGGGUUACUUCCGAGAACGGGAAAGGAAAAAAAGUUCCUUGCAAAGUCAUGCGAUACUUUCCGUUGACACCUCGACUUAAAAGAUUAUAUAGUUCGAGGAUUACAGCGAAAAGCAUGAUAUGGCAUCAUACUGGAAAAUCAAAAGAUGAUGGGGUGUUGCGACACCCGGUCGAUGGUUUAGCUUGGAAAGACUUUGAUGCAAAACAUCCCGAUUUUGCAAGGGACCCAAGAAAUGUUCGACUUGGGUUAGCUGCUGAUGGAUUUAAUCCAUUUGGCAACAUGAGUCUUGCAUACAGCAUGUGGCCAGUGGUGUUGGCUAACUAUAAUCUACCACCUUGGUUAUGUAUGAAAGAUAAUUAUUUCUUGCUAUCUACCCUAAUUCUUGGUGCAAAAUCUCCAGGUAAAGACAUGAAUAUAUUUUUAAGACCUUUGGUGGAUGAAUUAAAGGAGUUGUGGAAUAAUGGGGUAGCAACGAGAGAUAGUUCGACCAACUCAAUGUUCACCAUGCGUGCUGCGCUUUUGUGGACAGUGAAUGAUUUUCCUGCUCGUAGUAGCUUGUCUGGGUGGAGUGGUCAAGGUUAUAAAGCUUGCCCUACUUGUAAUGAAGACACGACGUCCAUUCGAGUGAUCGGGAAGACAUCAUAUGUUGGUCAUCGAAGGUUCUUGCCAAGUAACCAUGCAAUGAGAAGGGAUACUCGAUUUGAUGGUAAAGUUGAAAGAAGACCUCCUCCAAGACGAUUUACUUGUGAAGAAAUAUUAUCACAAGUUAAUGCUCUCGAACCCCAAAUUCCCGGACAUCAUGAAAAUUUUGGGGGCGUGAAACGUAGAAGAGUUGCAGAAAAUUAUAAUUGGAGGAAAAAAAGUAUUUUCUACGAGUUGGAGUAUUGGAGCACGAAUAUUUUAAAACACAACAUUGAUGUCAUGCAUGUUGAGAAAAAUGUGUGUGAUAGUCUCCUAGGAACCAUCUUGGAUAAUGAUAAAUCAAAGGACACAACCAAUGCGCGCCAUGAUUUAAAGAAGAUGGGUAUUAGGGAAUCGUUGUGGAUUUAUGAAGAUGUAAAUGGGAGGCAAAUGAAACCGCAUGCUCCUUAUGUUUUGACUCGUGAGAAAAGACAACUUUUUUGUCAGUUUGUUAAAGGAAUAAAGUUUCCCGAUGGCUUCUGUUCAAAUUUAAAGAGCAAAGUUUCUCCAGAUGAGUCUAACAUUAUUGGGUUAAAAUCCCACGAUUGUCAUGUCAUUAUGCAGCGAGUAUUAGCGGUUGGUGUCCGUAAAUUUCUGCCUCGCGACACUGCAACAACUAUUACUCAGCUGUCGAUAUUGGGUGGCCCGGUCUUUAUGAGAUGGAUGUAUCCUUUUGAAAGGUACAUGAAAAAAUUGAAAAAUUAUGUGGGAAAUAAGGCACGUCCUGAAGGGUCAAUUGCAGAAGGUUAUGUUGCUGAUGAGGCAGUAACCUUUUGUUCAAUGUACUUUAAAGGGUGUGAAACAAGAUUUAAUCGGCUUGAUCGAAAUGAAGAUGCGCCUUCUGUUUGUCGCUAUCUCUCAGUUUUUAAUUCUCAAUCUUGUCCUUUAACUAGCGGACUUAUCAAGCCUCUUGAUCAUACCAGUCGUGAAAAAGCUGAGUGGUACAUUCUUCAAAAUUCUCCUGAAAUCCAAGCUUACUUAGAUGAACAUUUGGACAAGAUCAAGCAUGAAAAUCCUAAUGGUAAUCACGAUGCCUUGCAUAGGCAAACUUUCCGUCCGUGGUUUCACAAGAAGAUAUAUGAGUUGCACAAGCUUGGAACUUUACAAAAUGGUGAUGAGUUACUCGCUCUCGCUUCCGGGUCCGAUUACUUAGCAACAUUUUAUGAAGGUUGUGUAGUGAAUGGUGUUCGGUUUAUUGCAUCAAAGCGAGACCAAAAGCGGAAGACACAAAAUAGUGGUGUUACUGUUGUUCUUUGGAACGAAGGGUUUAAUUAUUACGGCACACUUGAAGAUGCAAAGCAAGUUUUCUAUCUUGAAGAUCCACUCAGAGGUCGCGAUUGGAAGGUUGUUGAAGAUAUUAGCCAUCGACAAAUUUGGGACAUUACUGACAACGAAGAUGAGACUGAUGUAGAUGUUGUAAUUGUUGAAUCGUCCGAUCGGUUAGUGGAUUACGAGAUAGAGAAUAAUGAACUGGAUGAGAAUUAUGUUGCUGAAGAAGUAGAUGAUUUACUAGUUGAACAUGUAGAGGAUGAAAAUGUAAACUUAGUGAAUGAUGGAAAUGAUAGUGAUUCUUCAGUGUAA